UUUCCCAAAAAAAUCGUAAGGGGUAAGCCUUAUAAUACUUGAGCGAACCACCGUGGCGAACAGACGUGUUUUUGGUAGCUCUAGUGCGUGUGAAAGUGUGCGGAAUAGGAAAUCUAAUUUCCUUCUGAUCCCGUGGUGCCAGGAGUGGAAAGAUCACCAAUCGACGCGUGGUGCGAAUACGCAUCGAUUGGUACCUCGUGCGUGAAAAUCGUUACCGGAGUGGAAAGCACAUCAAUCGACGCGGGGUGAAAAAACGCAUCGAUUGGUACAUCGAACAAGAAAAUCGGAGUGAAAAUACGGGUAUAAGAGACAAAAAACCGACAUACGUGGUGGUACGGUAAACUGUGUACAGUGCGUAGCGGCUAUUGCAGCCGGUGUUGUGUUGCGUGUUGCCGCGAGCGUUGUCGGGUCAAGGUGGGAGUGAGUGCCGCGCGUGUGUGUGCCAACAAGAACAAAGAGCGGUGAAGUCGGGCGUUGGCGGGUUGCACACCGGCUAGGCGUCUAGGUCCGGCGACUUCAACGCUGGACAAGGCGUCAAACCGGGCAACCCGUAAACAGUAAUGUCGGUGAUAAAUAGUGUUGGGUCAUUGGAUGCGGAGGCCACCGAAUCCAUGAACCCAAAAAAGAGGAAGAUGUCCAAGGUGAACAUGUCCCCGCGGGUGGUGCUGACGUUGCUGGACUUGACGAAGUCCUCAUCGGUUAGGAGCACGCCGGAAAGGGCUCCUACGCCAGCCCCGAGGAUGUCUCAGGAGAUUCCGGGAGAACCGGAAACGGCAGCGCGUAAGCGUACAGCGCCUACGCCGUCACCGAGGAGAACGGUCACCCCGGAGAUGCCGGCCCCAGCCGCAUCGCCGUCGGAGGCAGAAGCCGGCAGUUCCAACCCGUGGCCGCUCGUGAACGCGUCACAUGAACAGGCGAUCAUGUAUGAGCGUUUGGUGGAGCAGCUUGAAGAGCUUAACCGGCGGUUAGAGCGUACCGAGAGGGAGAACGCGAGGCUCCGGGCUGAGCUCAACUUAUACCGGACCGGUAUUAACACGGUGGUGAGGCUGGAGGAUUCAGCGACUGGAGUGCGCUUGGGAAACCAAGCCACGACCAAGUCAGGCCCCAGCAAAAAGACGCUGAGGCGUAAGGCCCAAAGGGAUAGAGUCCUAGCGCGUCAGUCGCAGGGUCCUGCCCAGCAGCGAUUGCUGGAAUUGCAGGAGCACCUACGGCGUGAAAUAGCGGAGGAGCAGAUUACGACGAGGAACGGACAGGGACAAGGGGAACGGCACAAAUCCCAGUCCCUGCAACGGGAUUACGCCUUUCCUCCAUUGGAGGUUAGGCAGCAGCAGCAGCGAUCAUACCGGGAUAUGGUCUCCGGAUGGCAGGUGGUGGGACAGCGGUCAAAGGCCCAGCCUUCAGCCGCACCCCAGCAGCAGCGGCAGCGGCCGCAACAUCCGGUGCAGACUCAGCGCCCCGUCCAGACGAACCAGAGAUCCGCACGCCGACGACCAGAUGCCAUCUUGGUUGUCCCGGCACCGGGGGUCUCCUUUGCGGAAAUGUACCGGCCAAUCCGGACGUGCCCGGCCUUAGAGGAUGCCCAACAAUACAUCCGCAUCGGGAAGCGGACGCCGAAGGGCAAUCUCCGGAUGGAGCUGGCCCGGGACGCGGACUCCGCGGCGUUGUGCCGCCGCAUCCAGGCCACACUGGGUGAGCUGGGGACCGUGAAGGUGCUGACGGAGAUGGCGGAGGUAGUGCUAAAGAAUGUUGACAACCUCACCGAGGAAGAUACAAUAAGGGAGGCAUUGAGGGAGGCACUCACCAAAGAGCCGGCGGUGGCCUCGCUCAAAAUGUGGGAGAGGGCGGAUGCCACAAAGAGAGCACGAGUGCGUCUGCCGCGGGUGGAGGCGGAGGUGAUCCUAAGCAAAAACCAUCUGCGUAUCGAUCACUCCUCCUGCCAAUUGGAGAAGGCCCCCAGGUUGGAAGCGGCGAAGCUCCGCUGCUUCCGAUGCUUGGAGAGGGGGCACAUGGCGGCUGUAUGCUCCGGGCUGGAUCGCAGCAACUGCUGCAUCCGCUGCGGAGUAACUGGACAUCGAGCGGCCGCCUGCAGCAGUGAGGUAAGCUGCAUUCGGUGUGGAGGGCCACACCGCAUUGCAGCGCAUGGCUGCAGAGGAGCUAACGUUCCCCCACGCCGAUAAGCAUGCCAGGGGGGAACCACCACCUACAGGUCCUGCAAAUCAAUACCAACC